CUCCAUCUUGCUGUCAGGACUAUAUAAAGGCCUGCAAUUUCGUAGAAAAGACACACAUUUGAUCUUUACAAGUUCAACACUCGAGUUCAAUCCUCAAAAUGAAUACCUUCAAAACCGUCGUUGUAAUCUGCGCCAUGAUGGCUGUCUCCUGCUCCGGCCAGUACAUGUCCCAAUCGUGGGGCAGCAAAGGAUCUCAAACAGGAAAUGUUGGCGGUCUAAGUGGAAUGAUGGGUGGUCAGUCGGCCUCCUACGCCAGCAAAAAUCAGCAAUUCGCUUCAAAUACUCCGGCGUUUACUGUUGAGCAACAGAUGCCAGCACCAAGCCCACUGGUCCGCCCAGCAUCAAGCCCAAGUGCCUCUACACCUACUCAACAAAUCUGCUCGUGUGUCACCAUUGCCAGCGCAGCUUCAGCUCAUCAAUCCACCGCUGCCACUUCAUCCGCUUCCGAAUUCGCCCCGGCUGCUGCCUUCCAACAACAGACCUUCUCCGCUCCCCAACAACAGGCUGCUCCCCAACAACAGGCUGCUCUCCAACAACAAAUCUCUUUCGCAGCCCCCGCAGCAACUCAGCAACAAGCACAUGCUGCUCCCGUGCAAAGCCACAGACGCUAUUAAAAUGCUACAUUUUCUAAUACCUGUCCAAUUAUCAUCUUCAUUUGUCGUCUUUUACCAUCACAUUCACGAAUAAAACGACUGGAUUUUU